AUGGCUGUAGAAAGGGAGGAGAAUGAGCUUAGCGAGGCAGUUAGAGGGCUGUUUGCAAUAGUGAGAGGGGAACUGGCAACAAUGAGGGAGGAGCUGGCAGUAGUGAAGGGGGAGGUGGCGGCAGUAGUGGCGGAGAAGGCGGCACAGGAGAGUGAACGAGGUACAGAACCUAUCUUUCCUGCCACAACCCCCCUCCCUCCUCUAAUCCUGCUCCCUGAAUUCAUCCUCUCCUCCUGCUACACCUCACUGUGCAGGCGCACGCCCUGCAUUGGGCUCGCCCCAUCAGUCAUGGCUUGGAUGACUGCAGUGGCCAUGCUGCUGCAAAGGCUGCUGCUCGCCCUCCUUCUCGCCAUUGCCAUCAGCAUUACACCAAUUGGCAGGUAUGCAUUCUCAUCAUUGGAUGUUAUCAUCAGCAGCUGCCCUCACAGCUCUCCUGCUGCCCUCACAGCUCUCCUGCUGCCCUCACAGCUCUCCUGCUGCCCUCACAGCUUUCCUGCUGCCCUCACAGCUCUCUUGCUGCCCUCACAGCUCUCGUGCUGCCCUCAGAGCUCUCCUGCUGCCCUCACAGCUCUCCUGCUGCCCUCACAGCUCUCCUGCUGCCCUCACAGCUCUCUUGCUGCCCUCACAGCUCUCCUGCUGCCCUCACAGCUCUCCUGCUGCCCUCACAGCUCUCCUUCUGCGUAA